AUGAAGAUAGACACAGUGCCAGUGAUUCUGACCUUGGCUCUUUGCCUCAUACAAGAUGCUGCCAGUGAGGAUAAAGAUCAGGACACAUGCAGUGAAUUUAGGGCAUUGAUGAAAAAUGGAAAUUUAUUCUGUCCCCAUGAUGAAGAAUAUUUUCAAAGCCCUGAAGAAGUAAUGCUCAUCAAUAAGUGUGCCACUUGCAAAUUCAUACUGGAAGAAGAAGCAAAAUUCCAGAGAAGGGCCAGGGAUUUACCAAUAGCCACAGAGGACACUCCCCCAGCAAAGGAUAUAUGUAGUGCUUUUCGGCCCUAUGUAAAGGACGGAAGACUUGGAUGCACACGGGAAAAUGAUCCUGUCCUUGGUCCUGACGGGAAGACACAUGGCAAUAAGUGUGCGAUGUGUGCUGAGCUGUUUUUAAAAGAAAUGGAAGAAAAUGCCAAGCAAGAAGAUGCAUCCAGAAGUCGACGAAAUGCUGAAAAGGAUAUUUGCAAGGAAUAUGAGCCACAAGCAAGAGCUGGAAGACUUUACUGUACACGGGAGAGUGACCCAGUCCGUGGCCCUGAUGGCAAAAUGCAUGGCAACAAAUGUGCCUUGUGUGCUGAAAUUUUCAAGCAGCGUUUUUUAGAAGAAAACAACAAAGCAGAUCAAAAUCUGAGAGAGGCUGAAGGAAAAGUUAAAGUAAAAAGAGAAAUUGAAAAACUCUGCAGUGAAUAUCAAGAUCUGGCAAAGAAUGGCAAACUUUACUGUACCAGAGAAAGUGACCCUGUUCGUGGCCCAGAUGGGAAAGUGCAUGGCAAUUUGUGUUCCAUGUGUCACGCCUACUUCCAAGCAGAAGCUGAAGGAAAGAAAAGGGCCAAAGCACAAGCAAAAAAUAAAAGAGAAUCUGGAAAAACACCCUCCUAUGCAGAGCUUUGCAGUGAAUAUCAAAACUUUGUGAGGAAUGGAAAACUUGCUUGUACCAGAGAAAACGACCCCAUCCUGGGCCCAGAUGGGAAAAUGCAUGGCAAUGCCUGCUACAUGUGUGCGAACUUCUUCCAAGCAGAAGAAGAAAAGAAAAAGAAGCAAAGUGAAUCAAGAAAUAAAAGACAAUAUGAAGAUACAGCUUAUUUUGAGGAAUUAUGUGGCGAAUACCACAAAUCCAGAAAGAAUGGAUCACUUCUUUGCACCAGAGAGAAUGACCCCAUUCAGGGCCCAGAUGGGAAAACCUAUGGCAACACCUGCUCCAUGUGUGAAGCCUUCUUUCAACUAGAAGACAGAGCAAGAGCAAAGACUAAAAGAGAAGCUGCAAAGGAAACCUGCAGUGAAUUCCGGGAGCAAGUGAGAAAUGGGAUGCUCAUCUGCACAAGGGAGCACGAUCCUGUCCGGGGUCCAGACGGCAAGAUUCACGGAAACAAGUGUGCCAUGUGUGCGAGCGUGUUCAAACUUGAAGAAGAAGAGAAGGAAACUAACAACAAAGAAGAGGAGAAAGUUGAGGCUGAAAAAGUGAAGAGAGAAGCAGUGCAGGAGCUGUGCAGUGAAUACCGUCAGUACGUGAGGAAUGGACGACUCCCCUGCACCAGGGAGAAUGACCCUAUCGAAGGUCUAGACGGGAAAAUCCAUGGCAAUACCUGCUCCAUGUGUGAGGCCUUCUUCCAUCAAGAAGCAAAAGAAAAAGAAGAAGCUGAAUCCAGAGCAAAAGUUAAAAGAGAUGCUACAAUGGACACAUGCAAUGAAUUCCGGAGUCUUUUACAAAAUGGAAAUCUUUUCUGCACACGGGAAAACGAUCCUGUGCGUGGCCCAGAUGGCAAGACCCAUGGCAACAAGUGUGCCAUGUGUAAGGCAGUCUUCCAGAAAGAAAAUGAAGAAAGAAAGAGGAAAGAACAGGAAGAUCAGAGAAAUGCUGCAGGACAUGGUUCCCACGGCGGAGGGGGAGGGAAUGCUCAGGACCAAUGUGCUGAGUUUAAAGAUAAAAUGAGAAAUGGAAAACUCACCUGUACUCGGGAAAUAGAUCCUGUGCGUGGUGCCGAUGGCAAAUCCUACAACAAUAAGUGCACCAUGUGUAAAGAGAUCCUGGAAAGAGAAGCUGAGAAAAAAAAUGAGCAGUCUGGCAUCAGGUCAAAUGAAACUGGAAAGAAUACAUGUGAUGAGUAUAAAAGUCAAAUGCAAAAUGGGAAGCUUAUCUGCACUCGAGAAAGUGACCCUGUCCGGGGUCCAGAUGGCAAGAUGCAUGGCAAUAAGUGUGCUAUGUGUAAGGAAAAACUGGAAAGAGAAGCAGCUGAAAAAAAUAAGAGGGAGGAUCUAGAAAGGACAAAUGCAAAAGAAAACACCAAUGAUGAACAGGAUCAGUGUCAUGAAUUCCGGAGCAAACAGAGAGAGGGGAAGCUUGUCUGCACCAGGGACAACAGCCCUGUUCGAGACGCGAACGGCAGGAUGUAUGUCAACAAGUGUGCUAUGUGCCUCAGCAUCUUUGAGCGAGAAGCUAAUGAAAGAAAAAAGGAUGAUGAAGAUAAAUCAAAAGCUGAGCCCUCAAAUAAUGCAAAGGAUGAGUGCAGUGGCUUUCGAAAGUAUCUGAGGAACAAUGAACUCAUCUGUACUCGGGAGAAUGACCCAGUGCGUGGUGCUGAUGGAAAGCUCUACAAAAACAAGUGCUACCAGUGCAGAGCUGUCUUUCAAAUGGAAGCUUUGAAAAGGACAAGACGUCAAGAAGAGCCAUCUGGAGAAGAAGGUAACCCGGAUGCUGCCAUUACUUUUCGGGAUUCUGAGAUGUGCAAAGACUACCGGGUACUGCCCAGGAUAGGUUAUCUUUGCCCCCCAAAUUCACAGCCUGUCUGUGGUGAUGAUGGCCAGACAUACAAAAAUCCCUGCAUGCUCUGUCAUAAAAACCUAAUGCGCCAAACUAAUACACACAUCCAGAGUUCUGGGACGUGUGAGGACAGCAGCACUCCAGAAGCAACAUCUGUUAUUACACCCACAUCUGUGAGUACACUGGCCCCCAUGACUGUGACAUUAGGAGCAUUUUCUGCUUUUAUUCUCUUGCACAAGGCAGUGGACAUUUCUCUGGCCAGAGAAGUGAUGCUAGGUUAA